AUGACAGACCGAAGUCAGGAGAAUUCGUCACAAGGUUUGCUACGGAAGACUGGGUUCUUUGCUAAAACUUUUGCUGCUGAUGCUGGGAAUGUGAUUGGGAAUAUCGGAAGUGCCGCCUUCCAGAGCAUUACAACUCGAAAGUAUACUUUGCCAGACAAGAGUGUCGCUUCGCAAGUGUUGAUGUACCGUCAGCUGCUACACACAAAAUGCCGCCCUGGGCUAAAGCUUACUCGACCCUAUCAAGGAACGGCAGCACAAAAGGCAGUCAUGCAUAUGCCUUGGUGGGAAGAAGGAAUUGAGCAAACUGAAAAAAUGACGAUAUCGUAUGACAACCUUAUCACUCGGUUGUGGCUGAAUGGAGCCAUAAUUCCAUUUCAAGAAAGCAGCACUGAGAGUGUGGAUACUUUGAUCGACGAGGAUGGCUUACCACCAAUUCCUCACAAGUACUGGGUUGAUCGUUUGGGAUUUCAACAACCCGAUCCUGUAACAGAUUUUCGAUCUGGUGGUGUUCUGUCCUUGGCAAUGAUGGUUCACAUGGUUGAAUCUUGUCCCAAAAUUUGUGAGCGACUCUUCAGUGGUGAUGCUUCUGUCCUACCAUUUGGAAUUACAUGUAUCAAUGUGACAGAUAUGAUUGCCAAAUUCCUCAUGUUGGCCAAGUCCACUGAUCGAAUGGAUGCUCUGCUUUCACAAAAGCCAUUUUGGAAAAUGUUUGCAGACCCAAACGCUAUUUUGGCGGUGCAAGAACUAGCAAUGUCAAUGCUGUGUGAUGUCGUGGUAGAGGUUUCAAUGGAACGAAAGAUACCUUCACUUGCGCGACAACACAGCACCAGUAUGCAUGGUGACUCAAGCUCUGAGGUCUCUGUGUUUGAUUUUGCCUUGAUUACUGAGAGAACUGAGACUAGAGUGCGAGACGAUCUCUUGGGAGCUGGACCAAAGACAGUUGAGGAAGUACAUGCAAUCGCUGGUCGACUUCGCGUAAAAUAUAAGGUUCAGCUAGAAAAGCGAAUCGAAAGAGCAAGGCAACAAGAAGAGCAUGCUAAUGGUGGAACUGCCCCAGCUCCGCAAAUGAAGGAUGUUGUUGGCAAGGCUGCAGGUCUAGCUGGUGGAAUCGCUGUUGGAGCUGCUGGGGUUGCUGGAGGUCUAGUGUCAAGAUUUCAAGGUGGCGGAAAAGAGGAGGGAUCUGUACCUGUGGCAGAGGAGGAAGCACCGCCUCCUAUAGCCGAGGAAUCAUCCCCUACUAUGGGUUUUGCUACCCCACCACAAGAAGACGAAAGCAAAGACGUUGUUGUCGAAGAAGUAGAAGGAGAUUGGCUUGGCUCUGACAAUCCUCCUGUCGCUGAACCAGCUACUGAGCCUGUGACUGAUGACUUUGCCAAGUUUAGCAUCGAAGACGAUGAUGAAGAUAUCAUGUAA